AUGGGUCGUAAAAAGGGAGUAUUCUUCAGUGACGAGGGUGCCCCGGAUGACUUCGACCCGGAUAACCCGUACAAGGACCCGGUGGCGAUGUUGGAGAUGAGGGAGCAUUUGGUGAGGGAGAAGUGGAUCGACAUCGAGAAAGCCAAGAUUCUCAGAGAGAAAGUGAAGUGGUGUUACCGUGUAGAGGGAGUCAACCACCUCCAGAAGUGCCGCCACCUCGUUCAACAGUACCUCGACGCCACUCGCGGCGUUGGCUGGGGCAAGGACCACCGCCCUCAUUCCCUCCACGGUCCAAAGGUGGAGGCCGAGGCCGAAUGA